GUAUGUAUAUAACUAUAGGCAAACUGUAUAGUGACUUAACUACUGAAAUGUGAUCUGUGGUAAAAAAAUGCUCGUUUGUAUGUUAUGCGCACUUAAAUAAUUCAUUAUUUCAAUUAAAAUCGAUUAAAUUGUCGUUGAUACAUCUACAGCGAAAUCGGUCGGUAAGACUGAAUUAGGACUACUUCAAAAUGAACCCAGACAUAACCGAAGAAGAUACUAAAUAUUGUUUCAACUGCCGAAGGAAUAUUCCACUUGUUAACCAUGUAAUGCAUACUGCAUACUGUCACCGUAAUUUGAAGCUUUGCACAAAGUGUGAUGAACCAUUCUUAACUUCAGAGUAUGAAGAGCAUCAAAAAACUAUGCAUACGGUUAUUUUAUGUAAUGCUUGUUCUGAAAAACUUGAAGCAAUAGAUUUAGAAUCACAUAGAUUAAACGAUUGUUGUCAUCGUAUGCAAACAUGUAAAUAUUGUGAGAUUGACUUAGAAGCUUUCUCAUUACCUGCACAUACAGAUAUGUGCAGCAGCCGUACAGAACGCUGUAAAAUCUGUGGACAGUUUAUCAUGUUGAAAUAUUUGGCUUUGCAUCAGGAAUCCCAUGAACGCAAAGAAUUACUAAAUACUGCAAAAUCAGUAUUAGAUGAUAGUCCAGCCAGUUUGGCAGCAUAUCCACCAUUAAUAAAAAAAGUGCCAAACAUUGCGGUAACUGCAAGACCAACAACAAGUACUAGCAUGCCCACAUUGAGACUACACGAACCAACUAUGACUAAUCACAGGGUUAUACCACCAGUCAAACGCAACAAUGAUCAACCUCAAAUUAAUACUGACAGCAAUAAUGAUAAUACGCACAAAGAUCCAAAAAAAAAUAUGCCAAUAGUAGAUACACCAAGUGAUCUAGAUGAUGAUGAUGAUGAUGAAUUUCCCAUACUUGGUGCUUAUUCAAUUCCUAAUAACCAUUCUACAAAUAUCAAUAAUCAUUUAACAAAUGAACACAAUAAUUUUUCUGAUACAUUUAAUAGUGUAAAACUACCUUGUGAGUUUUGUCUAGAAAUGAUUGAUUCUGAAAAUCUUGUUUUGCAUGAAACUGGAUGUCGUCCUGAUUUGGCCACAUUUCAUAAUGUUUUGCAAACAAAUAAUAAAAAUACCAACGGCCAGAACGCUAUGUUUCCAAUACUACCUAAUGACUUGGAUACCUCUAGCAGCAGUGGUGAUAGUGAACUUAAUCUGAACACAUUAAGUUUAAGUUCAGAAGAUGAAGACAGUAGUGAAAAAAUUAAUGUUGAAAAAUUGCCUUGCGAAUUUUGUGAAAAAUUAAUAUCCAUUAAGAAGUUGUUAAACCAUCAAUUGAGAUGUGGAAAACUACUAUUGGAUUUACCUGUGGUAAAUAAUCUUGAUAAAGAUAUCUACCCACAACAACCUAUUAAUAUGAAUUCAAAGUUCCCAAAAUCUGUAAACUUACUUGAAACUCAGCGUAAUCUAUUGAAACCAACAUCUGGUAAUAAUGCUCCAGCUAAUCUAUCUAAUAGAACAUUGAUGUUAAGAAACUCUAAUGCCAAUGCUCAAUCUUCGGCAUCAUCAACAUAUGAUUCACAAAUGAGACAGAUGUUACCACGCGUUAAACUAAAUAGACAAAAUCCAAGUAGACCAAACAUACCUAUGGAUUAUCGUUAUGGAAAUAACUCUGCUCGGAACAAUUAUGUACAGUUUAUAUCCAAUUCAAGAUUAAAUCAUUCAGAGCAGACUUCCCCGAUUAAUAAUUCUCAUGUACACCUAAACCCAUCUAGUGGUGCUAUACCAAAACGAACAAAUACAAAGUCAAACAAUAGCAGAAGAGUUAUAAAUGACUUAUCAAAAUUUAAGGAUUCUGAGUCAUCAAGUGACUGAAUGUUAUUUAGUUUUCUUUAUUUUAAUUACUGUUUAUAUUUUUAAGACUACAACU